UCACUUCUCACUAAGCUAAAGAUGAUGGGUGAGAAUUCUAUGGUGAGUAACUUGAAGCCUUAUGUUCUAGUUGUGAGCCUACAAUUUGGAGUUGCAGGCAUGAAUGUGAUAUCCAUGGCCACCCUCACCAAAGGCAUGAGUCGCUAUGUUCUGAUUGUGUAUCAAAAUGUCGUUGCUACUCUCUUUCUUGCUCCCUUCGCGCUAAUCUUCAAAAUGAAAAAGAAACCAAAGAUGACAUUUCUCGUGGCUUUGCAAAUCAUGGCCUUGGUUUUUCUAGAACCAGUUCUCGAUCAGGGCUUCACUUAUCUAGGAAUGACGUACACUUCAACAUCAUUUACUUCGGUCAUUGCGAAUGUUGUGCCCUCUAUUACCUUUUUUAUUGCGUAUUUGUUUAGAGUGGAACGUUUAAAUAUAAAACAAAUACGAGGGCUAGCCAAGGUGAUCGGAACUUUAGUGACCUUCGCCGAAGCCUUGGUUAUGACAGUUUACAAAGGCCCAAUUCUCGAUUUCUUUUGGACUCGAAAAACCAAUAAGCAUGUUAACAACGGCGGUGCCACCGCCAACAACCACUGGGUGGCCGGAACUUUCUUCAUCCUUCUCGGUUGUGUGGCUUGGUCUUGUUUCUACAUAUUACAAUCAAUAACAGUGAAGAGAUACCCAGCAGAGCUGUCUCUUUCGACAUUGAAAUGCUUGGCUGGUGCACUUCAAAGCACAGUGGUAGCAGUAGCCGUAGAGCAUCGUGCCAGUGCAUGGGCUGUGGGCUGGGACUCCAGGCUUCUAGCUCCUCUCUAUGCGGGAAUAGUGGGUUCAGGAAUUUUAUAUUACUUUCAAGAUUUGGUUAUGAAGACAAGAGGCCCUGUAUUUGUCACAGCUUUCAACCCUUUAUGUAUGAUUGUUGUCACUAUUAUCUCCUCCAUUGUUCUUGCUGAAAAGAUUCAUCUUGGAAGUGUUAUUGGAGCCAUUAUCAUCGCAAUUGGGCUUUAUUCAGUUGUUUGGGGAAAAAGCAAGGAUUAUUCCACCGCCGCCGUGCCGGAGCUUCCAAUUACUGCCUCUCAACUCUCGGUCGCCGAACAAGAUGCUCAUCUUUAA